AUGGCAGUGAAGCCUCCUCCGGGAGACGGCCACCGUGCCCUCCUCAGCCAGGGGAAGGAGGACGAGAUGGAGAUAUUCGGCUACAGAACCCGGGGCUUCUGGAAGGCCCUGUGCCUGGCCGGGUACGUCCUCUCCUGCGGAGCCCUCUGGCUGGUGUUCUACUGGAAGCCGGAGUGGGGCGUCUGGGCGACCUGCCAGCCGUGCGACCUGGAGGAAGCCGACACCGUCCUGCUACGAACAACGGAUGAAUUUCAGAAAUGCACCAAGAAGAAGGUGAUCCUGCUCGACCUGUCGAAGGUCCUGGAGAGUGAAAAGCUGGACCACCUCUUCAGUGCCGACCACGAAUCCGUCAUCACCAGAGCCAUCAGGAAGCCUGACUUGAAAGUGAGGUACAUCCAGGCACAGAAAAUCCGCUACGUCUGGGACAUCCUUGGGAAAGAGUUUGUCAGAGUCGGGUCGCUUGAGGACAGCAACACCUGUUCUGACAUUCACCGCAAAUUCGGAGAUGGGCUGACGAGGAAAGAGAAGGACCUCAGGAGGCUGGUGUGUGGGCCAAACACAAUUGAAAUAGAAAUCCGCCCUGUCUGGAAUCUGCUUUUUAAAGAGGUUCUGAACCCUUUUUACCUGUUCCAAGCCUUCACCUUGACUCUCUGGCUGUCCCAGGGAUACUACGAGUAUGCCAGUGCGAUCUUAAUCCUGACCGUCAUCUCCAUUGUGGUCACCAUCUAUGACCUUCGACAGCAAUCCGUCAAACUGCACAACCUGGUGGAGGAGCACAACAGGGUCGAGGUCACAGCCUGGUCUAAGUACGAAGGUGCCCAGAAGAUGGAGUCCUGCCACUUAGUCCCCGGGGACAUCCUUCUCCUGGAAGGGCAGAAGUUUUCUCUGCCCUGCGACGCCAUCCUGCUGGAGGGAGGCUGCGUGGUCAACGAGGGGAUGCUGACAGGCGAAAGUGUCCCGGUGACCAAGACCUCCUUGCCCCACGCUGACCAGACCCUGCCCUGGAAGAAGCACAGCACGGAGGAUUACCGGCGCCACGUCCUCUUCUGUGGCACGGAGAUCAUCCAGACCAGGAGGGCCAGCAAAGGACCAGCCAUAGCGGUUGUGCUCCAGACGGGUUUCAACACCGCCAAGGGAGACCUGGUGAGGUCCAUCCUCUACCCAAAACCACUGAACUUCAAGCUCCACAGAGAGGCCUUCAAAUUCAUUAUGUUCCUGGUCGUGAUUGGCAUUGUGGGGCUGGUAUAUGCAGCCUGUGUCUACACAAAGCACAAGCAACCGGUGUCCGACACGGUGAUUAUGGCCAUCCUCCUGCUGACGUGUGCUGUGCCCCCAGCGCUCCCGGUCGCCUUGACCACCGGCAUCGUUUACGCCCAGAGGAGGCUGAAGAAGAAGAAGAUCUUCUGCAUCAGCCCCCAGAGGAUCAACAUCUGCGGGCAGAUCAACCUGGUGUGCUUUGACAAGACUGGCACCCUGACCGAGGACGGGCUCAAUCUCUGGGGCGUCAUCCCUUGCCGGAAGAGGAGUUUCCAGGACGUCCACUCCUUCUCCUCCGGCUCCCCUUUGCCCUGGGGCCCCCUGUGCCGAGCCAUGGCAACCUGCCACUCCCUGUUGCUCUUGGACGGGAGGAUCCAGGGAGACCCGCUGGACCUGGAGAUGUUUCAGGGCACCGACUGGGAGAUGGAGGAGUCCCCUCGAAAGGGAGGCACAGGCUGCUCAUCACAGACACUGUUAACCAUCGUUAAGCCAGGACCUGCUGCUUCCCAGGCCCCGGUGGAAGGGAUCGCGAUCCUGCGCCAGUUCCCCUUCUCCUCCGCUCUGCAGAGGAUGUCCGUCCUGACCCAAGAACUCGGCAAGGAAGCCUACGAGCUCUACAUGAAGGGGGCCCCGGAGAGGGUGGCCAGCUUCUGCAACCCAGCAACAGUUCCAGCAGACUUCCAGUCGGAGCUCAAACACUUCACGAUGCAAGGCUUCCGAGUUCUUGCCCUGGCACACAAGGAGCUCUCCUCGCAGGGAGGGGUGGACGUGGAAGACCUGGAAAGGGAUGAGGUGGAGUCGGACCUGACCUUCCUGAGCCUGCUGGUCAUGGAGAACCGGCUGAAGAGCGAGACGAAGCCGGUCCUGGAGGAGCUGAGCAACGCCCGCAUCCGGAGCGUGAUGGUCACAGGGGACAAUCUUGAGACCGCUGUCACCGUCGCCAAGCACUCUGGGAUGGUCUCCGGCAGCAGCAAAGUGAUCCUCGUGGAGGCCAGCGAGCCCGAGGAGACGCAGCUGGCCUCCAUCACCUGGCAGCUGGUGGAGGAGACGCAGCCGUGCAAGGGAGAAAUCCAGACUCAUUGCAUUACCGUUGAGACCAACAGCAGCAGCAGCAACUUCCAUUUUGCCUUGAGUGGGAAGUCCUAUCAGGUCAUCAAGAAACACUUCAGCAGUUUCCUACCCAAGAUCCUUAUGAACGCCACGGUAUUUGCAAGGAUGUCUCCAGGCCAGAAGUCCAGCCUUGUGGAAGAAUUUCAGAAACUGGAUUACUGCGUGGGGAUGUGCGGAGACGGCGCCAACGACUGCGGGGCUUUGAAAACAGCUCACGCUGGCAUCUCCCUCUCCGAGCAGGAGGCCUCGGUGGCUUCGCCCUUCACCUCCCAAACCCCCAACAUCGAGUGCGUGCCGGAGCUGAUACGGGAAGGACGGGCCGCCCUCGUCUCCUCCUUUGCCGUCUUUAAGUUCAUCACCCUCUAUGCGCUUCAGGCCUUCAUUGCCACUGCCCUGCUUUAUUGGCAAAUACAAAUCUUGGGGAAUUUCCAGUACCUGGUGCAAGAUGGCAUUUCCCUUGCAGCUGUCCUAACAAUGAGCUUGUCCCACGCCUAUCCGAAGCUGGCUCCCUACCGCCCGUCCGGACGGCUCCUCUCUCCGCCUCUGAUGCUCUCCGUCAUCCUCAGCGUCGGCUUCACCCUCACCAUCCAGACCUUCGGCUUCCUGUUUGUGAAGCAGCAACCUUGGUUCUCGGAGGCGCGCAGCUAUAGGGAGUGUCCUUCUGGAAACCAGCCUUCCUUCCUGGGCAACGGGACAGCCAACUCCACGGCCGAGGCGCACCGAGUGCUGGGCUAUGAGGGCACCACCCUUUUCUACCUGAUCAUCUUUGAUGGCGUGAUCGUGGCCUUUGUCUUCUCCAAAGGGAAACCCUUCCGGAAGCCCAUCUACACCAACUAUCUUUUCUCCAUCCUGCUGUGCCUCCAGCUCGGGGUUUGCUUCUUCCUUCUCUUUGCGGACAUCGAUUCCGUGUACAAGGGGUUGGAGCUUCUCUGCACCCCAGUCACCUGGAGGGUUUACGUCCUGAUCAUGCUGGUGGUCAAGUUUUUGGUCUCCUAUUUUGUGGAGGACGCCAUCCUGCACAACCACCAAUUCUGGCUCUGGGUCAAGGCUCUCUUCGGAGUCCGUUCGUCCAGCCAGUACCGGAAGCUGGAGCGGCAGCUGGAAGCGGACACCUCGUGGCCUCCCGUGAACCGAAGGGAUUGGGCCACCGAGGGGAGAAGCGAGGCCUACAUCAACCCCGCCUUCGAUGACCAGGAAGAGAAGUAGGCGCCCGGCGGGAUGCACCGAGGACUUGGCCCCUCGUCCGCACACGCUGAACUCCUUUUUC